UUUAAGGUUUACGGUAAAGCAUGGCAGCCUCCAUGCCACUCGUGAGAUCAGCUAGCUAGAAUGUUCUAGCUCAUUCAUAUUUCUCUGCUUAUAUGGGGGAGUAAAGUUCGUUUGUGCUCCGAAAGACAUCCUGCGUUAUUUAUUUAACACCUUCCUAAAAGACGCCUGAAAAGCUGUGAACAUUAUGGCAGAUAACAGCCAGAACAGAAGAUAUCCCCAGAACCUCCAGGGGGUCCUGCAGCUGGCAGUGGAGGCUGGAUCAGCCGCAGAGGGACCUGCCCCCAUUGAACCCAUGUCAGAGGAGAGGAAAAUGUGGUUGAGAGAAGCUCUUGCUGAAAUCACCAAAGGCCAGAUGGAUGAAGUGGAGCAGAUGAAGCAGUGCUUGGCUAUCUUGCGUCAAGAGGGAAUAAGCCACAGGGAGCGGGAAGGAGAUGAGGAUAGGGAUGAAGAGGAUGAAGAUGAGCGCGAGUCAGCCUUUGAGAUUCUGUCAGAGUUGUGUGAGAACCUGGACAAUGCUAGAGAUCUAAUGAUUCUUGGUGGACUGGAACUGUGUGUCUCCCAGUACCUGUGUCAUACUCAGAGUGGACUGAGGUGGCGUGCUGCUGAGCUUAUCGCUUCCUGUGCACAGAACAUGCCACAGGUGCAGGUCCACUUGCUUAGCAUUGGUGCACUGCCAAAGCUGCUGCAGCUGACAGACUCGGACACCCACCCCACCGUGAGAGUCAAAGCCCUUUAUGCUGUGUCGUGCCUGGUUCGAGAGCAGGAGGCAGGACUUCAAGCUUUCUUGGCCCACGAUGGCUUCUCAGUGCUGAUGCGAGGCAUGCAGUCAGAGAACGAGAAGCUCAAGACCAAAUCGGCUUUCCUUCUGCUCAACCUGCUGACGUCUCAUCCCGAACAGAAAAAUACAGUUGUCUCCAUGGGUAUGGUACAGCAGCUGGUAUCUGUUCUCCGCACACCACACUCACCUUUCCAUGAACAUGUGCUUGGCGCCCUUUGCUGUCUGGUGGAAGACUGCCCACAGGGUCUCAAAGACUGCAGGAAUCCUGUCCUGGGUCUGGAGGAGUUUCUCAGCCAGCGAUCCAGAGAGCUCCAAGGAAAAGAAGAGAGUCAGGAAGAACUGGACUUCUGUGAGCGUUUGAGGGUGAUGUGUUUCUGCAGGCAGCAGUCCGAUGACAAUGGAAUGGAUCGCUGAAGUCUUAUUUACACAAAUUGUUUUGGUAUCAGUGUGCAAAGAUGGAACGGAACAUUCAUGAUCUGCUUCAUGGAUGUUAAGCAAUGUUUUUGUCUGUUACUACAGAUGCUGUCCCUAUUUUGCAUGUAUUCCAAGAGCUGGAUUUUACUGUGUAAAUAACUCUAUUGUAUUUAAGUACUUCUUCAGUGUUUUCAAUUCUUCAUGUUUUAAAUAUAAAGCCAAAUAACAAUCAAUCACAUAUAUGUUAUAUAUUUCUUCUUUUAAUAUUUUUCUUUUCAUUCUUUAGUCACAUGUUUCACUAUUAAUGGUUGUGGUGUUAGGUCUCUGAAUUAAAGUAUUUUCAUUUUAGUUGCUUGUCUUAAAACAUGACUCAAAAUUAUAGACAUCAUUGUAUAUUUUUUGCACUAUAUUUUUUAUUGUUAACACAACAAAUGGGCAUUGAUAACUAUUUACAUACAUAUAGUGGCUAAGUCACAUGUGGAAAACAGUUGACACCAUAAGCACCACCCAUGCAUAAACAUGGUUGUCACUGAUGUCACUGACUUUGACACAAAUUACAGAAUACAGCUAUUAUUCUAAAC